AAUGAUAAUUCAAAUGUUUUACCGAAACGAUCAUCAUCAUCAUCCUCUUCAUCGUGUACGUUAUCAACUUAUCAAAAUUCGAAAAUUCAAUUUGCCACUAUUACCGGCAAAUUUCAAUCAACAAUCGAUGUCAAUGAUUCAAAAUUACCGAACGAACGUUGUUUCGAAAUAAAUCGUUUAACCGGUCUAUUGGAAAAUCAAUUACAACGACAAAGUCAAUGUCAAAAUCGUUGGUUACCAAUCGGUGCUGUUGAAUUAUUUCCAUCAAAACAUGAUAAAAAUAACGAUGGUGGUGGUGGUGGUCACGGUGUUCAUCAAAAUUGGCCACAACAAACAACAUUAACAUCUUUGAAUAAUCAUUUACCAAUUUCGAAUGGCAAAUCAUAUGAAGACGAUGGUGACGAAUUUUUCGAUAAUGAUUCAUUUACAAGUGAUUCAAGUGAUAAUUUUAUUAAUGAACCAUUCAAUUUAGAUUUACAAUAGGAUUUAAAUUUUUGAUUCAUUCAUUUCUUGAAUAUUUUCAUAUAAAUGGCCAAUAA